UACUCAUUCAUCCACAUUUACUCAAUCUAUCUCUCCAUCCCCUCCUCCCCCUGCACGCUUCCUGCCCCCCUCCCCCCUCCUUUCAGAAUAAAAAAAGCAUAAGCCUCUCCAAGGUCCUAAAAAAAGAAAUCCGGCCGAUGAUGAUUCGGUUUGGCUGAGAGGGAAGGGAAAAGAAAACAAACGAGACCUACUCACUCCUUUGAUUUCCUUUCCUUAUCGGCCACGAUGAUGGGCGUCGAGACGCGCAGAAGACCGGUCUUGCCUGCCCCCACAGAAUCCAUUGUCGACACCAACACCACAGGUGGCAGCGUCACAGGCACUGAUCUGGCAACUGACAUCUCUCGCCGCACAGACAAAACCUCUUACUCCAUUCCAGACGACGGGACUCCCGUCACCAUCCCCACUCGUCGGAACCACCACCAUCACCGUGGUUCCCGCGGGGACGAUUCCAAGCUGUCCCGCUCAUCGCAACACUCCCAGACCUCCCUGCUCAUCGAGUAUUUCGAGGGCGGGAAGGGUUCUGGCUCCCUGGUUUCCCGGCCCAGCGUCCGUGUUCGAGUGACCCCUUCCUCCGCGCGGAAGCUGAAGGAUCAGAAAGACCAUAUUCAAAUCACCGAGUCUAGCGGCAACCGGAAACCGGUUUACUCCCGCCGCAUUUCUCUCAGCUCGCCCCACAAGCACAGGGUACUGGCCGAGUCCGGCCCCGAUGAUCAAAGUAUAAGCUCCUCCAACUCGGCUACUGAUGAGAACCAGCCUCCUGGUCAUUCCCCCGUUGAGAUCGAGCUCAUGGAUCGCCACCGAGGCAGUGAGGUUUCCAGCCUGUCGCGCGACACACGGUACAUGCUGCCCACAUCCGACAUCUCGUCCAUGCCUGCAGAUAGCAUGCUUGACGCCCCUUCGUCUGGUCUCCGUCGCAAAGGUAGUUCAAGUCUAGAGAGAGGCCAUAGCCACGAGUCCAAGGACUACCUCAAGACUCCUAGACGGCAAAGAAGCCGGAGCUUAAGCACCGAGCGGAUUGCCCAUCGCGUGGCAGAGAAGCUUAGCAACGACCCUCGCGACGGCUCUCGACAACGCCGACGGACCGAACGCACCAGAGUCGACGACAGUGAGGAGGCCGACCUCAAGUCCCCGCGGCAUCGGGGACACGACGAUAUGAUGAGUCCUGAAUCCAGCCUCCUCAGCGCCUCGGCCGUCUCCUCGCAUCGUCGAUCCGGUGACCAGUACUCCUUCCGAUCCGGUACCUCCAAAUCGUCUAUCAACAACCCGAAACUACUUGAAACCGUUGAGGACGCGAUCCGGAGAUUGAUCCUGCCUGAACUGAAAGAGCUGAAGAAAGACCAGAAAGUCAUAUCUAAUACAUCCAAAUUCGACCGAGAGAUGAACGCCUCGCACUCGUCCACCAGCACACCUUCACGCGAUGAAUUGGGGAGGCGACUGUCCAAACAUGCAAGUGCGCCUGACGUGCGAAAGCCCAAAGUCGUGCUCAACAAGGACAGCCGUGACGAGGGGGUUGUUCUGUCAGGAGAUUCGGUCCCUUCUCAGAACAACGAGCGACGGUCGAGUAAGGGUAGCGAAAAGUCCCCGGAUGUUGGCUACAUCAAGUGGGUCAAUCGCCCGGAACUGACUGAGCAAGAGAAGCUACGUCGUCAAAGAAGCAAAGGGUUGCGUGAGGCGGAGAAAGCGGCCAUCGUGGGUAGCGCUUUGACGGCAGCGGCGCUCCAACAUCACGACUCGCGUUCCAGCCUGGCUAGUAGUGAAGGAAGACGGAGAAGCAGUGGGCCCAAAAGCCCCACUAGCAGUAUCAACGAAACCGAGCUGGUCUUCCAGAGACAUAAUAUUGCCCCCAUGCCGCUUCGCAGUGCAAUUGAGUCGGACUUGACGAGGGCUUCAUUGCUUUCGGAGCAGUCUGCUGAGCCCUACCCUUACGAUCAGUCCAAGCUUCAGGACUUUUCGCGUGGGUCGCCUUACCAGACCAUCUCCCCUGCUCCACGCACCCCGGAUCGAGCUUCGUUGGACUCGCGGCAUGAGCUGAAGCUUAAGCACAGCAACCUCUCCAGUCACGAUUUGUCUCUACGCAGCGUGUCAAGCCGAUCGUCUGUGGGAGAUGCAGCGGCUGGGACUAUUGCGGCGGCGGCUGCAGCGAACCUGCUCGACGAUCACCCAGGACAUCAUGAUACCGAUUACAGUGAUCUUCCAAGCCGACGGCGGACACUAAGCCCGAUACAAAGCGUGGCGAGCAACAUUAGCCAAUCUCCAGUCAAACAGGACAUGACUAUCUAUGAUCACCACGACUAUUCUGAUGAUGAGAAAGGGCUGGAGCCACGUCUAUCGAUCGAUUCCCUCUCGUCUGCUCCCAGCACCAAUCUUGCGAGGUCAACCCGACCGGAAGGCCUCAGCAUCAACAGCCAAACUGAAUCUCUUCGCAAUCAGCACGAUCCCGGACACGAGCUGGGGUAUGAGGAGACGCCUAGAGCAUCGCCACGAGCCAGUCGCUGGGCGGAACGUUCUGACGGAGAAGACGAGAAUGAUACCUUUCAACACUCGACCGCGAGCAACGAGGGUAAAAGAAUGCCCGCGUACAACGAGGACAGCGAAGUUGAGUUCAUGGAUACCGCGAAGCAAGGUCAACCUGUCGCUGAAGGCAUCGCCGCUAACCCUCGAUUUGUCCACCCACUCGCAGUGGAGUCCGCGGUGGCCUCGCUCUUGGAGCCCACCAUUCUGGAUACCAAGUCCACCCAAUCUGCGGCUAAUCGCUCCAUGAACGACAUCCCGGAACAGGCGGAAAGCGACGAAGAGGAGAGGGAGAAUUCCGACGAGACUCCCCAUGCUUCUCGCCAAGGAAGCCCCUUCAAGCAAGGCAACAAUGCGCCAAGCCCUGAUGCUACAUCGUUUCCAAGACGUAUGGGUGCCACUUCUCCUCCGCAGAGUGUCACUCAGUCCUACGAAGAUCUGACAGAUCCGAACCAAAUGUUCGCCGGUAUCCGUGACCAGAGUCCUCUUCCGGAGGUGGAAGACCUACUUCCAGAUACCGAGUCGGAGAUCAACACCAACCCUUCCAUCAUCCAAGGGCCGGCGGCUCAAGAAGCUAGUUGGUCGUUCAAUCACACAUCUUCGAAAGACGCGCCGUCUCCUCUCUUUGAUAAGGGUGGCGCUGCGGCUGGCGCUGCGGCUGGUGCGGGUCUGGGUCUCGGGUCGGUCGACCACGGUCACUACAAUCAGGAAUACUAUCCCGAGGACGAAUACGCUGCGAAUGAUUACUAUGACCAGCAAUAUAAUCGGCAGUUGUAUGGAACGCCCCUUGGAGCCAAAGAUGAGGGCUACGUCUCUGCUGCGAAUCCUCGCUCCCCUAGCGCUGACACACCCGAACCACUUGAUAAGGGAAUGGGAGGGAUCGACGCAAAUAUGGGCUUGUUUGAUGGUCCCAUGGGAGCUGACGACUUUAUGCCUGGCCAUCAGCGGCAGCUGAGCGGGUAUUCCCACGGGGUUGGAUCGCCGUUGUACGACAGUGCCACGGGCAAAGGUAUUGAUCGAAUACAGUCGAAGGAUAUUGUCGCACUCAUGGACCAUCUCACUGUUCGCGAUGCGCAACGGAAUGCCAGAGAUACGGAGAUUCUGGUGACAUUGGUUCGAAGCGCCGCCGAAAUGCGCAACUCGUUCGAGGAGAUGAAGAAGUUUAUCGCUCAGCAAGAUGGGAUGCUCAUGGAGGCCAGCGACCGACAGCAUGAGCGUACAUAUCGGGCUGUCGGGGGGCCGCGUCCACUGCCGGUCAGUGCGCGGAGCGCUCGUCAGAUGUCUAUGGAUGAUGGCGAGGAGCUGAGCCAAAAGCGGAAGAACAUCUUCAAACGUGCGCUCAAGGGCUUGAGUAUGAAGAACUCGAAUGACUUGACCAAGAUCGAGGAUAUGUUGGAGCAGUUGCUCGAGGAGGUCGAGGCUUUGCGCCAAAAUCAAGACAAUGGGUUCGGGCGCAAUGGCAAUCGGGCGGCGAGUGUUGACCCUGAAGGGUAUGAGCCAGAGGGUCAUGCGGGAACGUCGUCUCCUGGCAAUCCUUCCGAAUACCUUUCCACGUCGUCACAGCUCGUCCAGGACCCCACUCAGUUCCGCAAGGGCCUCGAGAACCGCGUGAGCACGGUCCAAGAAGUCGAUGAGGAUCUGGAAGACGAUCGCGGAGAGUUCCUCAGUCCCCAUCUGGUGUCUCAGCCACCUCCCAACAACCGACAGGACAGAGCUGGCUCGGCUCCUGUCUCGACGCCUCCUCGGGAUGCAAUGGCUUCGGGAGCCCUCAGCACCGACACUACCCCGAAGAUGACGGAGAAGGCCAAGAAGCACAAGUCCAGCAGCUCCUCAUUCUUCCCCAAGAUCUCGCGCUGGUCGAAAACGACUGCCUCCUCGAUGGGCGACAAUAUCCGCAACAGUAUUCAGCCGAGCCGCAAAGAGCGAGCGUCUUUCGAUGCUUCACGCUCCGGGUCUGACCUUGCACAGGGCCCAUACCAGACGACGAAUUACUAUGAUCCUCAGGGUGAUGACCGCCUGCGGUCCAAUUACACACUGGAUGAUCAGCAGCACGAGAACCGACCCCCGUCGCCACUGGUGCCGUCUCAGGUGUCAGAAACGCCCAAGUAUCGGGCUCACCGUGGUAGCCUCGACCUGCAUCACCCCCAGCCCCGGCAAGGGCCGACCGGACGGUACCAGUCUCAGCUGGAAACGCAGGCUCAGGUUUACACCGCGCCUUCAGACCAGUGGGGAUCGAAUCCCAGCUUGUCGGGCGUGAACACCAACCCGCGCUACAGUGGUGGUGGCCGGCUGUCUCCGAUCUCGGACACCGGCUAUUCAGAAGCGAGCUCUCGCCAUACGGGACCCCCACGGCCGCCGAAGAUCAAAGAUGAGGGCCCUCUGAUUCCGGAACGACCCCCGAAGGUCAAGGAGGAUGACGAGCGGUCUUAUAUGGAUCGUGUCGUAUCACGGAGUUCUGCUGUUCAGUCCCCCCGCAGCACGCCUCCUCCUCGCAAACCGACCGGACCUCGUCCCCUCAACUCGGGCAACCAGUACAGCCCGGCCCGACGGAAGCGAAGCCAGUAUCGAGCUAGCAGUCCCGAGCAGGUUGAUGCUGAACUUGACUAGACGUGAUAAUGUCAAUUGAUACCCUUUCUUUGUUUUGCUUGUUGCGCGCAUUUACGACAUAAUGACAUGACUAGUUGCACCAUGUGCCAUGACCAGCGCCUUGCAUUUUGUGCGAGCGUGAUCUUUGUUUUGCAGGUGGAUGAGGUUGUACCUGUGAUUUUUGUUAUACCAUGUAUCCAUUUGCUGUUCUAUAGUGAUGCCCCUACAUAUUGAUUUGCGUGAUUGAUAUACUGAUACUGCAUAGUUGGGCACGACCGCUACUAUGUUUGUAGACUGAUGAUGCAUUGCCGGUUUGCCUGAUUUCAGCAUGUUUAACUAGCCUGUUGGUCUUAUCUUAUCGUGCUUGUGGAUGCUGGCAUGAGGGGCAAGGGAAGAAUGGGGGUGCAAG